GAAAAUUUUAUAUUUUACAUAUUGAUUGUACUGGUGACAGUCAUGGCUAAUUCAAAAUAUACGGUUGCAGGUUCUAUAGUUACUAAAGUAUUUGACAUUAAAGACGAUACGAUUGCUUAUUGGACACCUGAAAAAAUGAGAGAUGCAAUAUCCUUAACAACUAAUGAAUCUGAAAAUAAUAAUAAAACGAGAAAUGCAAUACCCUUAACAACUAAUAAAUCUGGAAAUAAUAAAACCAAUUAUCGUACUAAAAGAGAUCGGCCAGUGAAGAAAUCGAAUUUUAAUCCCUAUGUUCCUUAUGGAAAAUUAUUUUUUCAUAACACCGGCGAUGGUAAAGAUUAUUUUUGUACUGCUAGUGUAAUUAGGACUGAAAAUGGAAAUAUCGGGCUUACUGGCGCACAUUGUAUUUAUGAUCAAAAUAAUAAUUGGUCUUCAAAUAUGGUUUUUUGCCCCGGGUUUGAAAAUGGGGAAUGUCCGGUUUCUAUCCCCGUUAAAGGAGGUUCUGUAGAAGUAGUAAAUGGCAACUAUUAUUAUGAUUACGGCAUGAUUAAGUUCAAUUACGAUCAGGGUAAAUUGCAAGACAAAACAGGAUGUUUCGACUGGGAUACUAAUCCUGGAGAUACAGUUAAUGAUAUCACUGUAAUAGGCUAUCCAAUAAAUGGUGAAAUUGCAAAUUGUAAAAAAGAUGGAAGUUCCCUUUGUCAAUGGAGUGGGAGUUCGUUUAGAUCAGGUAGUUUUAGAUACGUACCUAUAAAUACCGGAAGUGGUUCAAGCGGAGGCCCUUGGAUUAGAACAUAUGACAGUAAAUCUCAAACAGGCUGGGUAAUUGGUAGUACAAGCGCUAGUUCACCUGGUUCAACUAAUUCAGCCAUAUAUUCUUACGACGAAUUCACGAAACUAAUAAAUGAGGCUUCAAAACUUUAAACUAAUUAAGACAAUAACUUUAUCUAAUA